GUUGAGUACAACUGCAGUCGAAGAACGUCCUUAAACAAGGAUGACGCAUUAGUCACAUCAUGCGUGAAACGAUAGUCACCCAUUAUAUAAUUUUUGCGCCGAGAAGCAUCAAGAAUACUUAUAGAAAAUCCAUAACAUUACUCAUCUGGACCUAAGUUUUAGGUUCUAUCAUAUGUAACAGCUUUUAUUUUACCAGGUAUAAAUAAAAGGCAACAGAACGUUAAGGUUACAUUUUGUGGAGAUUCUGAAAUUCUCAAGUUAAAAGUCAGAAUCGCAAAGGAUACACUUAAGGAUUAGUUUUUAUUUAUAAUUUAUACACUUGUCCAAUAUAUCCAGAAUAUAGUGGAAACAUGAUACGUGUACCAUUGCAUAAAGCACUAGAAUCAUUGGCUUGGCUAGAAGGAACGUGGCGAACCGAGAAUCAAGGCAGCGGCAAAUACCCAACAAUUAAGGAUUUUAGCUAUUAUGAUGAGAUAAGUUUCAUGUCCUUAGGGCAACCUAUGUUCAAUUAUACUGCGCAAAGCUUUUCCAAUUCUGAUUUAAAGAAGCCAAUGCAUCGGGAAACAGGUUUUCUGAAAGUAAAUCCUGGAACUAAUCAAGUAACUCUUAUCUCAGCACAUAAUUUUGGUUUAACUACCAUUGAAUGUGGCGAAAUAACUGACAAAACCAUCAACUUAAAUAGUACUGAUAUAACUAGGAUAAAAGAGGCAAAGAUACCCCAUGUAACACAGGUACGCAGGGAAUUUAAACUUCACGAUAAUUGUUUGGAAUAUAUAUUUUACAUGGCAACAUCGAAUACUCCAGUGUUGACUGAACACUUACAAGCAAAGUAUACGAAAGUGAGCGAAGAAAAAUAAAAGGAUGUAAGAUAGGGUGACCAGACAUUUGGUUCCAGAUGACUUUUUUUUAAGACCUGCUGGAUUUUCAGUAUGUCCAGGGUGUACUCUUUUUAGUACUUAUUUUAUGAGAAAGAGCGAGA